CGCGCGACCAGACCGAGGGACCUGCACCCGCUUUUACAGAAGAGCGUCACGGUGGUUUUGCUGAUGCUGUUGUCCCUUUGGUCUUGUUGUGUGCAGCAGCUGGAGCAGAAUAAGUAGGUCUGGACUGGUCUAAACAUCUGAGCUGGACUCCUUUCUCCUUUUUCUUUUGACCCACUGCCCACACUCUGUACCAGCGUGUGUAUUGGUCUCGAGAACAAAAUGGAGGAGGCGGAGCUGCUAAAGGAUCGUCUACAGGCCAUCACUGAGAAGCACCGUAUCCAGGAGGUGAUCCGGCAGAAGAAGCAGGAGCUGGACCAGGAGAAGCUCAGGCUCAAACAUCUGAAGAAAAAAUCUCUGAGGGAGCAGUGGCUGUUGGACUCCACCUCCCACAAUGCACCUGGCUCUUCGUCCUCAGAGCAGCAGACCCGCUCCCUCCUGCUCAGCAUCUACAGGAUCGAGAAGGAGAUCGAGGCGCUGGAGAGAGAGGAGGCCAUCGUGUCCAAGAACGAGAGCUUCAUCCUGGCGCGGCUCAGGGCGGUGGAGAAGAGCACGCAGGACAUCAUCAAGGAGGCCCAUGACAGCUUUGUCCCUGAGCCCCCACCUGUCACCACGGCAACCCCACAUUUCCCACAAUCCCUCUCUCCGACAACAAAUGACCCAGCCCACCCAGACGAGCCCCCGAGAAAGACGCUGUUUGCUAUGGAGAUAAACGUGAACAAGAACGUGCGCACAGGAGAGAGCACAGUGUUGUCCACCUCCUGUGUCCCCCCUGAGGACCUGCAGAGACAGGGCGGCCUCAAGGUGUACGAUGACGGGAGGAAGUGUGUGUACGCCCUGCACACUCUGGAGGGCUCAGACCAGAACGGAGUGACGGAGCUUUCAGCCUCAGAGGUGGAACAGCUGCUCAAGAACGCCACCAUGCACCGCCAGAGGAACCUGCACCACAACGGACAUGCCUCCUACUGCCACCAAUCCCACCACCUGUCCCCCAGAGACUGCACAUACCUGGGGGAAGAGGAGACCUGCUGGAGGGCCCCUGACCACCACUGCACCGGCCGUAACCAGCACAAGAGGAGCGGGAGAGAGAUCCAGAGAGGAACCAGCUUCAAACUGCCCCAAAACAACAACCACUACCCCUCACACCAGCUACGCAGACACCAGAGUUUCCACAGCAACGGGUACAGCUCCUACCGAAACAACCACGCUAACGGCUUCACCCCAAACCGAGCCAAUCGCUGCCCCUCGCCACGAUCACACGACCAGGAAAUAGUGUCCCCCCAUCAGCUCAGCUACACCCCGGCCAACGACAUCCCUCUGAGUGAUUACAUCAGCGUGGACGAGGAAGACGAGCUGCUUUGUUAUAGGCCGCAGUCGCCAUCUCACGGGACAAGUCCCGCCCCCUCGCCCAUAUUCGCCGAGGACACGAACUACACCAUCAUCAACGCCAUGGAGACGGGCGAGCCAAUCACGGCCGUCUUUAUGGGGUUCCAGCCGGCGGCGGAUGACUGCAGGCUGAGUCAGGAGUUCGAGGGAGCGUUGAAGGCGGAGCUAGUGAUAAUAGACGAUGAUUAUGGGAAGGAGAAGACGGAGACGAAGCAGGAGGCGGCAAAUGGGAGCGCGGGCGGGGCUAAAGAGAGCCGCGGCGCGAGGAGAGUGGGACCAGGUAUGAGGAAGCUACAGGAGACGCACUGCUGCACGCUGUCGUAGACUCACAGGGGUGUAGUGUGAAUGUGCAUGGACUAACAGCAUGUUCACUGAUGGACCCGCGCAAACUUUUCACAACAAACACCACAGAAACACGACUGGACUGUCUGAAAACCACGUUCUUAACUUUCCAGUCUGCACGUUUACAGACAGAACUUUGUUAAAGGUAGAGAUAGUAUCAUUAAACCGAUCUGUAGAAACAUAUAACACACAGCAUGUUUCUCAAACUGUGAUGUGUACUUCGGGAGCCAGGUCCACUCCUCAGGAUGUUUUUCGCUACCUUUUUGUUCAUUAUUAUUUCCUGUUAUCUUAUAUCUUGGGUCAUCACAGGUUGAUAGGGACCAACCACAACUCAGGGCCCAAAAAACUAGCCAGGCUGACACCACCUAGUGCCUCCGCUCAGUUUCAUUUCUCUCCAGCAACUAGGUCAGGAAUCAGAAUACACUAUAUGGUUUGCAAGAACCUCGAAGUGCGAGUUCAGGCACCAGCCAAUCAGUGAAGAGCCAUAUAUUCUGUGUUGGCAAUGAUUCCCGAGAUCAAGGAUUUAAAGCUGGAACAAAGAGAAUGUUUGGUGAAUUUUAUCAAGGAGAAAGACGUUAUUGACCUUCUUCUUACGGGAUUUGGGAAAAGCUUAAUAUACCAGUUAGCCCCUUUAGUGGCGCAUUAUAUACGUCAUGACCAAAUAGCAGCGAUUGGUUAAAUGAAAAAAAGUACCCGCCUACUGUCGAGUGAACGAAAUCUAAUGUUGCUAGGUCAGACGGUUUCUACAAAGUGAACCCGGAAGAAUCAGGCUACCAAAAAACACCCUAGUUAAGAAAAGCUAUUGGUGAAAUUAUGUAACUGUAAAUAUUAAGGUACUGUAACCACAUAAAUGGUCAAAUAACCCUAAAAUUUUGCAUUUUGAAAUCCUUUGUUGAGCUACUUUGAAGGGGGUGGCGAGCUACUGGCAGCUCCUGAGCUACAGGUUGGAAACACCUGUUGUAGAGGAUAAGACCUGGUAUGACCAAAGUUUUUCACUGUACCUCAAAUCGGCAGGAGACAGAACUUUCAGACAUUACCGUGCAGUAUCACUGGUGGUGCUUAGGCUCUACGUGCCACUUCAGUUUGUGGGUUUGCCUAAAGUUCAUUUUAUCCACUUUUUUAUCCACCUGGUUUAGCCCUGGAAUAGUCCUGUUAUCAAUGGUGCAACUUAACAAAGUAAAAGUAUUGAAGUACUGUACGUAAGUAUCCAUUUUAGGUAUUUGCUUAAAUACAUACACUUAAAUACUUUUGAAAGUGUUGCUUUACUUCACUACAUGUGCGAGUAGGUAUCUGUACUUUCUACUCUACUACAUUUUUGAACUGGACUGAAAACUAAAAGUAACACCUGCUGAAAAGGAUGAGGAGAUUUAAUUUAAUUUCAUAAUUUUGGCAAACAAAAAUAUACCGGUACAAAUUAUAAAAAUAGCUUGGAAAAAAAACGACAUGUUUUGUUUCUGUUGAGCAAAUUCAGCACAAAUCUGUAUCCAAAUUACUACAUUCAAAGCUUUAUUAGAUUUCAAAACCUGAAUGAAAUGCUUUUUACUCUUUAAGUACACUUUAAACAGUUACUUCAGUACUUUUACUUACUCCAUAAAGUUACAUGGUGCAGCUUUUUUAAUAUAUGUGUUUUGUGUAGCUUGUUUUACUCAGACUGGCAGCUGUGUGACUGGCAGCUUGAUUUAACUGCAAUAUUUUACUUACUUUGUACUAGAUUACUGUGCUUUUCCUUUACCGCCCUCUUCUGGAGAAUGUUUGUAACUACACACUUACUUUUACAAAUCUACUCUUCAAUGUUUGAUAAUCUUGGAAUAGCAAAGAA